AUGACAUCAAAUUCUUUUCCUGUAUUUGACGGUGUUUCAAACAAAUAUGAUAAUAAUACAUUUUAUGGUAGAUAUCAAAAUUUUAGAGAUAUUACUGAUCCAUCUACAUUAUUUGCAACAGAAAAAGAUUUAAGUCAAUCAAAAACAUUAUUAGAUAAUUUUAAAAAAGGUUUAGUUGACCCAGUAAAGCAUUCAGAUGAAUUAUGGAAAGCAAAAAAAAUUUUGGAUUCAACAAUUCAUCCAGAUACAGGUAAACCAAUAUUUUUACCAUUUCGUGUUUCAGCAUUUUUACCAAUUAAUGUUAUAAUUUGUGCAGGUUUAAUUUUACCAAAUGCAUCAAUUGGUACAACUAUAUUUUGGCAAUGGAUUAAUCAAUCAUAUAAUAUAGCAUUAAAUCAUGCCAAUAGAAAUGCAAGUAAUACAAUGUCAAAUAAACAAAUUUUAGAAGCUUAUGCAAGUGCAGUUGGUAUCUCUUGUUCAUUAGCAGUUGGUUUAGGUUGGGGUGUAAAUAAAUUAAAUAUUCAAAAUAAAACAAUCUCAAGUGCUCUUAGAAUGAUGGUACCAUUCACUGCUGUAACAUCAGCUGGUAUUGCAAAUGUUUUAAUUAUGAGAGGUAAUGAAAUGGUUAAUGGUAUUGAUAUUAAAGAUAAAGAUGGUGUAAUUCAUGGAAAGAGUAAAGAAGCAGGUAAAUCAGCAGUUUAUAAAGUUGCAUUUUCAAGAGCAGCAACAUCAUUUCCAGCAUUAUUAUUACCACCAAUUGUAAUGGGAUUAUUUGAAAGAACUUCAUUUGUUAAAAAAUAUCCAAAAGUUAGAAUGCCUUUAAAUUUAGCAGUCAUAGCAGCAAUCUUUAAUACAUCUUUACCUGCCGCCAUUGCUUUAUUCCCACAAGAAUCAACAAUUUCUGCAGAUUCAUUAGAACCACAAUUUAGAAAUAUUAAAGAUAAAAAUGGUAAUAUAAUUAAAGAAUUUAUUUAUAAUAAAGGUUUAUAA